UUCGUCGUCUUUGCUUCUUUUUCCUUGAUGGUUCUCGAAUAUUUCUAUUGCAACUCAUUCGGAAACAAACGAUUCUGCAGAUCGAUUUCUCUCUCCUCCUUUACAGUUUACAGCUAUGUGAAUCCAGUGUGCAUCUUAUUAAUUUAUACAAUGCAAAAAUAAUGCCCUCCGCCCCUAAUGAAUCUCCGGCCCAAACUCAGAUCGCCGCCCCUUACCGCCCUCUCUAUCCCGUCUCCACCCACAUCACCACUGCCAUACAGCAGUAAAAGCCUACUUACGAAAAUGCCCCGUAAAUCUCUACUAAGACCCACUCUUGUCCUCGCCUUCCUCUCCCUGUUUGCCCUAUACUCCUUCCUCUUCUACAAUCCUCCCAAUUAUAACACUAAUACGUCAAUUAAUUUAGACAAUCGCAGUUUUCUUUCGGUUGCUGAUAAUAAGAAGGUGAAAAUAUACAUGUAUGAUCUGCCUAGGAGAUUUACAUACGGGGUGAUUGAGAGUUAUGCGGAGGCGCGUGGAGGAGAAACCGUGGGGAGCGACGCGCUGCUCAAGUAUCCUGGGAAUCAGCACUCAGCCGAGUGGUAUUUAUUUUCCGAUUUGAAUCGUCCUGGUGACCAACGGAUCGACUCGGCUCUGACUCGGGUCAUGGACCCGGAAGAAGCCGACCUUUUCUACGUGCCCUUUUUCUCUUCAUUGAGUCUCGUCGCCAAUCCGAUCCGAUCAGCCACUGUGAACGUCUCUCCUAACAGGACAGUUUACAAUGAUGAGCAAACCCAGGAGGCUUUGAUGGAGUGGUUGGAAGAACAAGUGUAUUGGAAGAGAAAUAAUGGGUGGGAUCAUGUAUUUAUAUGUCAGGAUCCUAAUGCUUUGUAUAAGAUCAUUGAUAGGGUGAAGAAUGGGGUGCUAUUAGUUUCAGAUUUUGGGAGGUUGGGUGCCAAUCAAGCAUCCCUAGUGAAGGAUGUGAUUCUACCAUAUUCACACCGAAUUAAUUCAUACAAAGGAGAGAUUGGCCUGGAAAAUCGCAAGUCCCUCUUGUUCUUUAUGGGAAAUCGAUACCGAAAAGAGGGUGGUAAGAUUAGAGAUAUGCUUUUCCAAGUUCUUGAGAACGAACAAGAAGUUAUUAUAAAACACGGGGCACAGUCUAGGGAGAGUCGCCGUAUGGCAUCACAAGGAAUGCAUACAUCAAAGUUUUGUUUGCAUCCAGCUGGCGACACUCCAUCAGCUUGCCGGCUUUUUGACGCUAUUGUAAGUUUAUGUGUUCCUGUAAUUGUGAGCGACUACAUUGAGUUGCCUUUUGAAGAUGUCAUAGACUAUAGAAAGAUUGCCAUUUUCCUCGACACCUACACUGCUGUUAAACCUGGAAGCUUGGUAAAAUUGCUGAGAAAAGUGACUCCGGAGAGGAUUUUGGAAUUCCAAAAGGAAUUGAAAAAGGUAAAGAGGUACUUUGAGUACGAAGAAGCAAAUGGGACAGUGAAAGAGAUAUGGCGCCAAGUUUCACUAAAGCUGCCUCUUAUUAAACUUAUGAGUAACCGCGACAAACGGAUUGUGCUGCGGGACUUGACACAGCCAGAUUGUUCAUGUCUCUGUUCAAACCACUCAGGAGUACACACAACACUAUGAUAUUUUCCUUUAGAGUUUAAUUUUCUUUUUGUAGACUAGAAUAUUUGUAUUUGCCUCGAGAUAAUGUGCAACGUUUCUUUAUACAUAUUCAUUAUCAUUUAUCAACAA